UCCCCAAACUCCCAAACAGAACAUAACCCUGCAUUCCAUUGGCUUGAAUGUUUUCACAAGCUAUCAUGUAGAGUUAGUAAACAUUUUAAAUAGUGUAUGCUGUGAUUUGCAUGUAAAUCCUAUUAAUUGGUGGGAGAUUGACCUCCUAAUUGAUACAGGUUAUCGAUUGCAAAGCAGGGGCACGAAAACAGUUUCACCAUGCAACACGUGGCCGAGCUGCACAUCGCCACUAAUCUAGAGGAUUUGAAAGAUAUCGCAUACCCUAAGAAGUUGGGCAACAACUCCAAGGCAUUAGAGAAAGCUAUUAAAUCCUUAUAUCGUGAAAUCAAUCGCGCGAUCUUGGACCAAGAAAAAUGCUACAUCUACUGCAUGCGGUAUCUUCGCAGCAUUGAAACACUGUGUAAGAUUGGCGACGCCAAAUACUAUAAACUCAUCUACGCAAGCGAGGUUAAUAAAGUUAACAAUAAGAUUGAUGAGUUGCAAACCGUACUGGGCCGGCGGUACGAAGCGCAGCAGGCGCGUCAACUCAAACGUGCCAUCCAUAAAACACUGGAAACAAGCCCAAGAGUGGCCUCGUCCCCUGAAGUGAAACCCCAACUGUUUCCCAACGAGUUUAUAUCUGUUAAAGAACUAUUCCAAGCGAUUCAGGACAAUCUGAACAUUUUAAUAGUGGACAUCCGACCAGGAGAUGAAUAUUCGCAGUCCAAAGUCAAGUUCGAGAAUAUCAUCAAUGUGUCUGAUGAGAUAAUAGUGGCGGGUCUUUCAGCCAAUGCACUGGGAAAGAAACUGCUGGACGACACGCAGAAGAUUUGGGAUAAAAGGGACCGAUUCGAUGCCUUGGUGUUUGUCGAUUGGAAUUCCAGCACCGAUAACAUCACUUGUGCUAAAAUGAAAUAUCUCAUCGACUCCGUUGUGGAAUGGGACUGUCUUCGCACUUACAAGCAGCACCCAGUGAUCCUAAAUGGCGGCUUCAAGGACUUCUUGGAUAGUUACCCCGGCUCCGUCACCAACGUCCACGUGAACUUCAUAAGAAACAACGAGGAUAUUGAUGAACUGCUGGAGCUGGACAGCAUAACAUAUCCGGAACCGGACCAGAACGUGUCUCUCAUGCCACUCAAGCAAUUUACCAUAGAGGAACUGGAGGAUUCCAGUAGUAUCGAAACUCAAUCGGAUGAAGAUAUGGCAGCUGAGCAGCCCCCCAGCACAACUUCAUUAGACUCAGAAACGAGUGUCGGUGCCCCGAAAGGAGGAGGAGCCAGUACGGAAAAGAAACUCGACAACUUUCUAGAGGAGCCAAUGGACAAUAUCAAAAACAAAAUCGAGGCCCAUCGCAGGAAGCUGCUGCUGGAAGCCAGGAACAAUAAGAACAGGAUUCAAAGCGAUAACAGGGAACGUUUUAUUGGGGACAGCGAUGAUGAUAAGGUGUGGAUGGAAGCGAAGCGAUACCCACCCCCGAUUAGGAGGGAGACCAAGCCGAAAAAGAUUGAAUUUGUGUUUAGCGGUUGGUGCGGUUUAGUCAACAUCAAAAACACCUGCUACAUGAACACAAUUUUGCAGUGUUUAAAGUGCAUUCCGGUGAUAAGAAGUUUUGUCCAUUCCAACUACACCAAAUUUAUCACUCGGCGGCCCGUCCAGGUAAUCAAUGAGUUUGCCUCAGUGAUUCGGGUGCUGUGCGAAGGCACCGAGACGAACAAAAAGGUUUAUAAACCCAGCGCGUUUUACGAUACGAUAUGCAAGUUGGAUUCCCUAUAUAAGAAGGGCAACCACGAGGACUGUAUGGAGUUUUUUCUCUUCCUAUUUAAUUACUUGAACGAUGACUGCUCCUAUGACAUUACAAAGAAGAGUGUGAUGAUCGAAAGAGAGAAGGCUUGGUAUAGCCAGCUGCAAGGACGGACUUCUUUAUGGGUCGACUUGUUCUACCAUCAGUUUAAAUGUACAAAGAUAUGCCAGACUUGCCACAACAAGGCCGAUUCGUAUGAAACAGAUAACACGCUGAUGUUGCCCGUUCCGUACCGCCCAGGCUUAAAGUCGGUGAAACUGGGGAAUCUGAUCGAUGAAUAUCUGGAGGACAAUCAAAUUCUCGACUACAAAUGCUCAAAAUGCCAGAACUUAGGGGUGAUUAACAAAAAGCAAGUGGUAGUCGCUCCAGAGAUCCUCGUGUUGGUGCUAAAGCGGUAUUAUCAGGACGAGUAUCAAGAGUCUCGCAAAAAUAAUGCUUGCGUGGAUUUCGACUUUAACUUCACGUUUGGAAACUACCGCUAUACUCUUUACUCCAUUGCGGAGCACCGAGGAACCAUGGAUCAUGGCCAUUAUUUCGCUCACGGCGUCUUGGACGAUUCAACUUUCGUCGAAUUCAACGACGAACGAACAAUGAGGUACACAGGGGAUAUGGAAAACAUUAGAGGAUCAGCAUGCGCAUUUUUUUACUGUAAGAGUAAAGCGUAAGUCUGGCGUUUAUUUAUUGAUUAGUGUAUUGUAUUUUGGAGAAUUGGAGUAAAAAGGCAUUUAUGUGAUGAUGCGAUGUAUUAAACCGCUAUGUAAUAUAUUUGGGUAGAUUAAAAUAGGUCGAGAAUAAAACUCACAUCUUUUAUGUAAAUCGCAUUUUAAUUAUUAAAAAUAGUUAAAAAUGUAA